GUCGCCACCGGGACUUCCGUGUUGUUAGCCAGGUCCAGCAGUUGAAGACAACAAGGCCGAGCUCGAUGUCGGUGUCAGUGUGGAGACAGGAAGGACACGUGAGGCUUGUGGUGAACACUUGGCCCUGAAGUCCCUGUAGCCCAGGUGUCAGAUUUUGCAUUCGCACACACAGGUCUCACUGAAUGGCUGGGCUGGUAACAUUUUAGGCCAGCUGUUAUCGUCCUUCGCACCUGUACAGGUAGCACAAUGGCCAGUCACUUCCGUAGCUACAUCUGGGACCCAGUUCUCAUCGUGGGCCAGAUUGUGCUGAUGCAGUGCAUCUACUACAGCUUCUUGGGCCUGUGGUUGGCGGGAGUGGACAGUCUGGUGCAUUCUAGUCGAUCACUGGACCAGAUCUUCAGCUACGAAGUGCUUGGCUUUGCAUCAAUACAAGGAAGGCUGUCAAUGAUGGCGUUCAUCUUAAACUCUCUCACCAGCGCCCUUGGUCUGUGGUUCUUCAUACGUCGAGGGAAACAGUGUCUGGACUUCACAGUCACCGUGCAUUUCUUCCACAUGAUCGGCUGCUGGAUCUAUAACGCUCAUUUUCCAGCUGCCCUGUCCUGGUGGCUCGUCAAUAUAGCCUGCAUGGCCUUGAUGGCUGUAACUGGAGAGUACUUGUGCAUGCGAACUGAGCUCAGGGCCAUUCCAGUCAACAGUGGACCCAAGUCUAACCUGUGAAUUUUUGUCGACACCAUGCUGAAAAUGUGUGGAUGGCUAACCCUCAACGGACUCGUUCAAUGGACGUCUUUCCACUUUUGGUAAAAGAAGACCCUGCAUCUGUUAGAUUGUCAUUUCCUCUUAAACGGAUACAUUGGAUGAACUGAUCUAUUUAUUCUCGCCCUUUAAAUGUUGGACAGUGUCAACUCUAACAUAUUAAGAUACAUAAUACUAUGCCUGAAAGAGGACGUCACUUUCUGUGAAACUAACAACUGUUAGAAUUUUUUUCUUUGACAACUGGUAACUUUUCCUCUCAAAACUAAGAACAUUAGCACGAUCAUUCCUUUUCCUUAUUUUAAAACCUUUUGAAAUUAAAAGUAUUUUUUCUUUUUCAAAUGCAUUGAAAAGAAAGAUCUGAUUAUAAAAAGGGGCGUGAGACAACUGUCCAAACCAGACAUUUGUCUUCUUUCCUCUCUGCUGUGUUGCCGGGGCAGCCAACGGACAUCAUGACCAUCCUGUCACAGGGUAUUUUGUUUGUUACAUCUCACAGCAAUUUAGAGAUGUAAGUGCAAAGUUAUCAGUUAUAUCUUUUUUGUCUUAUACAGUCACUGGAUGUAAAAAAUCCAGAUGUUGGAUAAAAGUUCAAUGUUCAAACUGAGGUUUUUUGAAUUCAGUAAUCGCAGUCAACAUUAUGUGUCGGAGAGUUUUCUCCUUUAACAUAUCACCAGUAAAAUCAGGCUUCUUUCUACCUAUCUGGAUGAACUUUGUACAUUCUGUUUGUUCUAGACUUUCAGUACAGUAUUUUGCACAGCU